GUUCUGCUUCUGUGAACACGUGACUUUUAUCUUCCAUAAAGUAGAAUAUUCCCAAAAUUGUGUGAAUUAAGGUAGAGGCUGAGUGUUCUCCCCCACCUGUGACUGCAUCUCUCGUCAAUGUCCAGGGUCACUGGCAAAUCUCUUCUAUAUAACGUCCAGAUAAGUGAAGUAACAUUUUUUUGAAAGGAAAGAAAGUCUUCACCCUUCUGGGAAAUGGCAGGGAAACGAGUACUUAUAAUCUAUGCACAUCAGGACCCCAAGUCUAUGAAUGGAUCUUUGAAAGAUGCAGCGGUAACUGAACUGAGCAGUCAGGGCUGCCAAGUCACUGUGUCUGAUUUGUAUGCCAUGAACUUUGAGCCAAGGGCCACAAGGAAAGAUAUUGUGGGUGCUCUAAGCAAUUCAAAAUCCUUCAAUUAUGCUGCAGAAACAUAUGAGGCAUAUAAGAAAGGAGCUCUCUCUAGUGAUGUGGUUGAAGAACAGAAGAAAGUACAAGAAGCUGAUCUAGUAAUAUUUCAGUUUCCAUUGUAUUGGUACAGCAUGCCUGCCAUCAUGAAGGGCUGGAUAGACCGCGUGCUCUGUCAAGGGUUUGCCUUUGAACCCCCAAAAUACUUUGAGCAAGGUUUGUUUAAGAAUAAAUUAGUCAUCCUUUCAUUCACUACUGGUGGGACUGCUGAGAUGUAUUUUAAAAAUGAACUUGGCGGAGAUAUUAGAUACAUCUUAUGGCCUAUACAGCAUGGCGUCUUUCACUUCUGCGGUUUCAAAAUCCUCGCCCCACAGAUCAGCUUUGCUCCUGAACGUGCAUCAGAAGAUAAAAGAAAGGAGAUGGUGACAUCUUGGGCAAGGAGACUGGCAACCAUUUGGGAUGAGAAGCCAAUACAUUGCACUCCUUCUUGGUACUUUGAAUAAUAACAUUUUAUAUUGCAUGUAAGAUUUCCUCUGAUUUUUGAAAACUGAGAGAAAACUUCUCGGGGUACAUGAGAGCAUUUGUAUACUGGCUUUAGUGUCAAGAACUCAAUAAAUCUUAUAACAAAAUAAA